AUCGAACAAACUAGCUGUUUCCUAUAUUUGGAAAAAGUCUACAUGCAAAUUAGGUGCACCUAAACACAAACCAAUACCAUCCACCAUUCUUGAACACCUCCAUAUUUUCUCUAUUUUAUUCCUUCUUUUGACCUUUGAUCACAUUCUUCAUUUACUCUUUUAGAUAUUGAAAAUUCUUCUAUCUUUCAAAACCCUAAAAAAUUUCCUGACUUUUGAUUUUCCAACUACUAGAUUACUGUUUUCUGGCUACUGGGUAAUUUUAAUUAGUGCCAUGGAAGCAACCUCCAGCUCUGCCGUGAUUUCCCAGAUGAAAUUAUUAUCUCCUUCUGUCCGAGAUUUCAGGUCAGGUUUGCGACUUAGAACAUACAUGUCGCCAUGUAGAUAUAGCCGUAAGCAAUCGUUGUUUAGUUUGUAUACGAUCUCAGCCUCCUUUGACGGCCAACCUGGAAAGAACAGUGGACUCUCUUAUUCUCAACCAGAUACGAGAAGUAAUGUAGUGAGAAAAAUUGAUUGUUCUGCUGCUACACACACAAGUAUUUAUAGUGAAGACUUGGUGAACGAUUCUUCACACAUUGCAGAGGAAAAAAUUGGGGUGCUUCUUUUGAAUUUAGGAGGUCCUGAUACUCUUAAUGACGUCCAGCCAUUCUUGUUUAACCUUUUUGCUGACCCGGACAUCAUUCGCCUACCCAGGAUUUUCCGAUUUCUGCAAAGACCACUUGCUCAAUUGAUUUCCACACUUAGGGCCCCUAAAAGCAAGGAAGGGUAUGCUUCAAUAGGAGGAGGUUCACCUUUGCGAAAGAUUACGGAUGAACAGGCAAAUGCAAUUAAGUUGGCAUUGGAAGCAAAAAACAAGAAUGUAUCUGUCUAUGUUGGCAUGAGGUACUGGUAUCCGUUCACAGAAGAGGCAGUUGACCAGAUUAAGAGGGACAAGAUAACAAGGCUUGUUGUCCUUCCUCUCUAUCCUCAGUUUUCUAUAUCUACAACAGGUUCAAGCCUCCGAGUUCUCCAAAACAUGUUCAGGAAUGAUGCAUAUCUUUCUCAACUGCCUGUUGCAAUCAUCCGAUCCUGGUACCAGAGAGAAGGUUAUAUCAAGUCCAUGGCUGACUUGAUUGAGAAAGAGCUUCAGUCAUUUUCCAUGCCCGACGAAGUUAUGAUAUUCUUCAGUGCUCAUGGAGUGCCAGUUAGCUAUGUAGAGGAGGCUGGAGAUCCUUACAAAAAUCAGAUGGAGGACUGCAUCUUCUUAAUUAUGAGAGAAUUAAAGGCUAGAGGAAUCAACAAUGAUCAUAAACUUGCGUACCAGAGUCGAGUUGGUCCUGUGCAAUGGCUGAAACCGUAUACUGAUGAUGUUCUUGUGGAGCUCGGCAAGAACGGAGUCAAGAGUCUUUUGGCAGUUCCUGUGAGCUUUGUGAGCGAGCACAUUGAGACACUAGAAGAGAUAGAUAUGGAAUACAAGGAAUUGGCGCUUGAAUCUGGCAUAGAGAAUUGGGGUCGUGUUCCUGCUCUUAACUGCACUUCUUCUUUCAUCAAUGAUCUAGCUGAUGCUGUCAAUGAAGCUCUACCUGCAGCAGCUGCAAUAUCAACUAAUACAUCCGAAGAGGCGGACAAUGAUGUAGUCAAGUAUGUGAUAAAAUUGUUCUUCGGUUCACUGCUGGCCUUUGUCCUGCUGUUGUCUCCGAAGAUGAUUUCGUCAUUUAGGAAUAACCUUUUGUAGGAAAAGGCAGGGUUUGCUCGAAUUUGAAGCGAAUCGGUUAUACACAACAACAGAUAGGGGUAAUUGGUAAACCUAGUGAGAAAUGUUUUGAAGGAUGCUUGUA